AAGAUGAUCCUCACAAACUGCGCCGCCUGCGCCGCCCCACUGGCCCACACCGCGCCGCGAUGCGUGCGGUGUCAUACAAGAUAUUGUGAUUCAAAAUGUCAGCAUGACCACUGGCGCCGCGGCCACAAGCAAAUGUGUAAGAAAAUACACCGCGGCGGCAACGCGGAACAAUACUACGCCGACAAAAAAUACAAGGAGGCCGUCGCGGAGGCCGUCGAGGCGUGCGCGGACGACACGAAGGGCCAGAAAUGCUACAUCUGCCUCGAGGCCGUCCAUCCGCGCACGGGAGAAGGUCUCGUAAGCGGUUUUUGCGCGUGCCGCGGAGGAUCGAGCUUUGCGCACAUUUCGUGUUUGAAACGCAAGGCUCAACUCGCUAUGGAUGAGGCCCUGGAGAACAAUUUGGACGGUGACCGGAUGGAAUCGAGGUGGAGAAAGUGGUAUUCUUGUGAGCUAUGCGGGCAGGAAUAUCACGGCGUCGUAUAUAGUGCAAUGGGCUGGGCGUGCUGGGGAAGCUAUCUUAGCCUACCAGAAACGAAGAGACUCGGCAAGCUCUCUCCUCGGCAAGACGCGAUGAAGGAGCUCGCUAACAGUCUACUGAGCGCCAACCGCGUCGAAGAAGCGCUCGCUAUCUUCCGGACGCUGGUGGGUAUCUGUACUCGCCUUGGACACGAGCGCGAUGAUGUACCUGGAUUAUUAUACAGCAUCGCCAGUUGCCUCAUGAGGCUAGGACGCAGAGAAGAGGCACUGCAACUAGACCGCGAUGUCUACAAUUUGAGGGUAAAGUGGCGGGUAGGGCCCGCCAAGAUACUCCAGUCGGCUACGUCGCUCACGAUGUCGCUCGUUCAAAAUGAAAAGUUCUCGGAGGCGAGGGACUUCGCGCGCGAACAGAUCCCAGUCGCGACGCGUUCGCUCGGACCUCACGCGGAAUUGACGCGCAACCUUCGCACUUAUUACGCAAAAGCCAUACUCUGUGACACGGCGCUCCCUCUCGACGACGUGGCCGAGUCCGUAGCUAUUUUUGAGGAUAUUGAGAUUAUUACCCGGCGAAUCUUCGGCAACGUUCAUCCAGACACGCUGCAGGCGCAGAAGGACAUGGACUCUGCGCGAAUGGUUUGGCGCGCGAGAUUCAGCAAACCUUUCCCGUCGAAGCUCCCCCGUCUCAAGACUGACGACGCCAAACACGAGGAGCUCAUGCGCAAAUUUGAGUUAGCUAAGUAA